AAGAGCUGCACCCGGGCAUCAAUGCCAAGCAGAGGACUCCGGGCACACGGGGUUAAUGGCUCAGAGGAUUCUGCUCGGAUUUGAUGCUCUGGAUAAAUAUUCACAGGAUAUUCUGGCCAAACAUGCAAAGAGGCGCAGCCUGAGCUACCUUCAGAGGAUACCGUCUCUGAGAAUCUCCCUGCCGUUGGAUUUCGAGACAGAGAUUGUGGAAAAUGAUGAGAGAACCAACAGCGAGACGCCACCAUCACCGAGGUCUUCAAGAUAUCCAAACAACACUGAGUUGGGAAAGACAGUACGUCUGCUGCGACCCUUCACUGCGCCUGGACACGGCAUUUAUCAAGAUGACGAGAGGGAAGGGAGAGAAGUGAAGAAAGGUGCAAGGCCGAGAUGCGUCUCCGCAGACCGCAGGAGAUCUUGGAGAAGCGAGGUGGAAUCUAUCAUGGACCUGGGCACUCUCUGUCACAUGGAGCGUACCGGUCCUGUCCUGUCCAGCUUAGGGGCGCCAUUAGUGGGAUCUCCUAGGGAAGAAAUGCAAGAUUCCGGGACCACAGGGGAAAAAUCAGGGCCGGAAAGGACGUCAUUGUCACCAGAUAUAAUUGGAUGCAGCAGAGCAGAAAACUUCACAGACCACAGUCAUCCCUCCAGGGAAAAUACCCAGAAAGCAGCUGCAGUCUCCUUGUGCAUAGAGGAUGAAAUGAAGAAAUCUGACAUUAAAAUUAUAACUGUGAGACAGAAGACAAUUAGUGGACACGUUCAGACUGUAAGUGAAACUCACCCAAUCUUUUACAACACUCCCAUUAACAACUUGUCCGACUUCCAGAGGAACCUGAUGACAAGGCCCUGCUAUUUCUCAAGUUCCCAAAGACCAAUGAGCCAACGCUUCUCUCCAAUGGGUCGUCUCCUGCAAAACAAAAUGGAUUAUGUCACAGACUGUGGACAACUUGGGUUGCAAAAUGGCAUACUACAGAAGAGCAAAGCCAACAAACCGCCAUCAUCUGAUAACAUCAAGGUCAUACUACAUUACCUAUCAACUGACGGAACAAAGCAAAGGGUGGAAAUGGGCAAGGAUGGGGAUACUGCCAAAAAUAAACAGGUUAAUAGUCCUGGAAAUAGAAAGAAUUUCAUACAGGAGGCUAAAUCAAUACAUGUACCUCCUACUAAUGAGGAACGUGGUGUUGGACCAAUCAUAAAUGGAAUGAACCCUGUGAUUGCAGUGGAGCAUGGUCCAUCUCUCCAUGGAAGGUCACGCCAUGUGUCAAGGUCAUUUUGUCCAAGCAGUGCAAGAACCUCCAGUUCAUCGGUUCCAAGAUCCGACAGCGUAAGGGAAAUGCAGAACUGGAGCUACAUUUCCAUUUCAAAACCAUUAUCACCCCCCGAGGGUGCACCAGAGCUUCUACAGAAGACGACAUUAAGUACUACAGCCUCUCCUGACCUAGUGAAGGACUUGUCGAUGGCUACAUUCCGGGUGAAGCCGGUGAUGUUUACCGCAAAGUCCGUGGUAUUAGAGAGUAGAAAGCGGAGACCUGUAUCUUCUCCAGUUGGAGUCAAUCCUAUAGAAGCGCGUUUGGGAGGUGAAUUGUCCAUAGAAGGUUCUCAUGAAGUAAGCAAAAUGGACAGUGGUGGGACUGUAGAGUCAUCUAGUGAAAUCGGUCAGAAUCCUCCAGUAACUGAGCCGGUGGGAGUGAGCAGUUGCAAGAAUGAAUCCAAUGAGGAGCAAGUCCAGAAAUCCUUAUCCAUCUCAGUACAUCUCAGUGCAAGCCCAGUUAUCAGUAUCCCGACAGGAACUAUAGAAAGUGCAGAAUAA